AUCAGCCAUCAUACACUACACCUCAUGCACCUCAGUCUUAGACAAAUUUACUAGCAAAAUGCCUUCCACUGGCUGGCUUAUAUUACUUCUCCUUGUUCUUACAAAGCUCACGUUCAGUGGUGUCCAUGGCAAUCUUCCUAGAAAUUCUGUCCAUUGCCUUCCAGACAAGGCUGUGUCGCUCCUUCAGCUGAAGCAAUCCUUCUCCUUCGAUUUCUCUACCACCACCCUCCCUUCAUGGCAAGCCGGUACCGACUGCUGUCUUUGGGAAGGCAUUAGCUGCGACGUCUCCUCCGGUGAGGUCACUGCCCUCAGCCUCGCCGGUCGAGGCCUGUAUAGCUAUGGCAUAGACAGUGCAAUCUUCAAUCUCACCUCCCUGCAGCAUCUUGACCUUAGCAGGAACAAUUUUGGUGGGUCACACCUUCCGGAUGUCGGGUUUGAGAGGCUCUCUUUGCUCACCAACCUCAACCUCUCUGGUUCAGGUCUCUAUGGCCAGAUCCCUAUCAGCAUAGGGUACCUCACAAGUCUCGUCUCCCUUGAUCUCUCCAACAGAGACGUGACUACUUACUUUGCAAAUAUGUUGGUGUUGUGGGAACCGAGUUUUAUGGUGUUGGUGGCAAAACUCACCAAUCUAAGGGAGCUUUACCUAGAUUGGGUGGAUGUAUCUGCUAGUGGAGAAGAGUGGUGUGGUGCCCUGGCAAGACAUGUUCCUCAUCUUGAGAUUCUUAGCUUGGACCUAUGUAGGCUCUAUGGUCCAAUUCAUGUGUCCCUCUCAAGAGUUCGCUCGCUUUCUGUGAUUAACCUCCAUAGUAACUACAGAAUAUCUGGUGCAGUUCCGGAUUUUUUUGCAGAUUUCCAAAAUCUAAGUGUUCUUCAGCUUGGUGAUUGUCGUUUUGAUGGGCUAUUUCCUCCAAGGAUCUUUGAACUAAAAAAACUGAGAGUCCUUGAUUUGUCCUAUAACUCAAACAUGUUGGUUCACCUUCCAGAUUUUCUGAAUGGAAGUUCUUUAGAGAUAUUAAAUAUACAAGAUACAAAUUUCUCUACUGCCAGCCCAAGGUCCUUCAGCAACCUCAAGUUUCUCGAGGAGCUACACAUUGAUGGGAAAUAUAAAUACCUCACGGUGCUUCCUCCAUCCUCAUUUAAGUCCUUGAAGAAGUUGCACUUGUCUCAGCUAGAAUCAGAAACACCAGCCUCCUGGCGGAUUGGGGAAGCUCAGAACUUAACAUAUUUGGAAAUUUCAAGCAGCAACUUCUCCGGGAGAACGCCAUCUUGGAUUGACAAUCUCAGAAACUUGAGGAAAUUGCAAAUCUAUGACUGCAUCUUCUCUGGGCCUAUACCAUCAACAAUUGGGAAUCUGAUGAAUUUGACAGAUUUGGCACUUCAGAAUUGUGGUUUUUCUGGAAGAAUACCAGCAUGGGUUGGUAAUUUAACCCAACUAUCUUAUUUGGACCUUGACACGAAUCAUCUGAGUGGGGAAAUACCAGAUUCCAUAUUUACUCUUCCAGCAUUACAGAUGCUGGAUCUUUCUUCAAAUCGACUUUCUGGCAAGCUAAGGGACUUUCUUGCUUCAUCUUCUUCCUUGUAUUGGAUUGACAUGACUGACAAUGAAUUGGAUGGGUCAAUAAAGUCACUCAGCCAACUAAAAAGAUUGCAUGCACUCUUUCUCGGUUCUAAUAACUUCAUGAUAGAUCAGGUAGAGCUCAAUUCGUUGUUGGGAUUAAGAGAACUCCGGGCACUGGACCUGUCAAAUAAUAGGCUGUCAGUAAUAGAGGUGACAGAUGGACAAGGAGUUUCAGUUCCUUCUGUAUCUCGACUUCAAGUUUUGGACCUAGCAUCCUGCAACCUAACUAAAAUUCCAGAUUUUCUACAGUUUCUGCACCAUGUCGGUUACUUGGAUAUUUCUAAUAACCAUAUUUCCGGCAGUAUACCUAAGUGGAUAUGGGACAAUUGGAGUAAUACACUUCUCUAUCUGAACUUGUCAAACAACAAUUUUUCUAGCAUGGAACUAUCUUCGCCUUUUCUUCCAAAAGCCCUACAAAUUAUUGAUCUUAGCUCCAAUAGACUCCAGGGAAAGGUCCCUAUUCCACUGAAGCCAACAAACCUACAGUUCUUGGACUACUCAAAUAACAGAUUCUCAUCAAUCUUAAAAAACUGCACCUCAUGCCUUGGAAAAACUUUCUACCUUAAGAUGGCAAAUAAUAGAAUAAGAGGAGAGAUCCCACACUUCAUUUGCAACGCGAGCAAGCUUGUAAUUCUUGAUUUAUCUAAUAACAGUUUCAGUGGAACGAUUCCAUCAUGUCUAAUACAAGGUGGCCAUCUCAGCAUAUUGAAUUUGAGGGACAAUCACCUCGAAGGAAGACUAGCAUCUAGGGUUGACAAGAGAUGCGCUCUUCAGACAAUAAAUUUGGGUGGAAAUAGGAUUGGAGGUCAACUUCCCUGGUCACUUUCUAACUGCAAGGAUUUGGAGUUUCUCGAUCUGGGUAACAACCAAAUUGUUGACUCUUUUCCACAUUGGUUGGGAAAGCUUCCCAAGCUUCGCAUUCUGGUCUUGAGAUCAAACCAGCUCCAUGGCACAAUAGAAAAUUCUCCAGGAGAUGAUGACUAUGGAGAACACUUUUCAAGUAUGCAAAUAAUUGACGUUGCCUCGAACUAUUUCUCUGGCAAUCUGAGGUCACCAUGGUUUGAAAAUUUACAGUCUAUGAUCAAAAGUUCUGAUUUCGAAGGAGACAUUAUAAAAGCUCAAAACGUGACAGGAUCUUAUCAAGAUAUUGUCACCGUAAUGUUCAAAGGGCAGUACAUGACAUUCGAGAAGAUAUGGACCACUCUUACAAUGAUCGACUUCUCGGAUAAUGCAUUCACUGGUUCCAUUCCUGAAUCAUUUGGAAGACUUGGUCAACUACAUGGACUCAACCUGUCAAAUAACAUGUUGACAGGAGAAAUUCCAGCACAACUAGGUGGUAUGACUGCUCUGGAGUCAAUGGAUCUAUCUUCAAACGAGCUUUCUGGGGAGAUACCAGAGGAGCUGACAGACCUCACUUCUCUAGGUACCUUGAAUUUGUCCAACAACCAAUUCAUCGGAAAAAUACCGGAAUCGCGCCAAUUUGGAACGUUCCAGAACAAUUCGUAUGAAGGGAAUGCAGGACUGUGUGGACCGCCCUUGUCCAAACAGUGUGACAGCCAAGGAGGUGGACCAAUUGGAGUGCUUGCGAGCAAGUCCUCAGAUCAGGUUGAUGUCAUUUUGUUUCUCUUCAUCGGCAUAGGAUAUGGCCUUGGGUUUGCAGCAGGUUUACUAAUCAAAUGGAGUCGCAUAGGCAAGUGGUUCAGGACAACAAACACGUCUUGAUAGUGCGCAAGCAAAGGUUUGUCUGCGGAGUGCAACUAUGCCUAUGCUGAAUUUUGAAGUAUUUGUUGUACUUACAUUGUUGUUAUCAGCACCUGCAGCUUCAUAAUUGCAGCAAAAAAAAAUGUCUCUACUGCAAGUUGUCUUUCUGUUGCUAUCAGUGUCUGUACUCAGCAAUCAAAACUUUGUACUACGUGAUUUGCAUGUUCAAGAACGAUCUAAAUUUCCGUAUAUUUUUAAGGCAGAUUUUAUUU